AAGGAGUACAUUUACAGUUCUGUUGUUCAGUAGUCUUUGACUCGUCGGUGACAGCUUCAGCCAAGCAGCCCGUUUGCCCAACACAACUGCCUGUCGUGCUUUACUUCUGGCCAAACUUGAGAUAGAGUUAGGCGUACAGCAAUGGCCCUCCCCGUUGGGGCACGGGUCUGGUUUUCCAGCGGUGAAGGACCAAACAGCGAAUGGCGAGCCGGCACGACCGUGUCGACCGCGGGCGAGCGGGUUUCGGUCAAGAGAGACGAGGACGGGCAAGUCGUGGAGGUUGACGGUGCGAGCGUGCACAUGGCAAACAAAGAGGACGUCGAGGACAUGACAUCAUUGGCCUUCCUCCACGAGCCGGGUGUGCUGUGGAACCUGCAGUCCCGCUACCAAGGCAGCGAUGCCAUCUACACGUACACCGGCAACAUCCUCAUCGCUGUCAACCCAUUCAAGCCGCUACCGAACCUGUACGGCCCGGCCGUCAUUGAGCGUUACCGGUCGCUGCCGGUGGCUCAAGGCGGGGGCGAGGCGGGGUCGCGGCUGCCGCCCCACGUCUACGCCACCGCCUGCAACGCCUACCGCAACAUGAUGGCGGAGGGGGCGGGCCAGGCCAUCCUGGUGACGGGCGAGAGCGGCGCGGGCAAGACGGAGACUGCAAAGCUCAUCAUGGCGUGCCUCACGCACCUGGGCUGCCACCAGAGCGGCCAGGCGGCGGCGGCGGCGGCGGGCACGGGCGGCGGCGCCAGCAGCGGCAUGUCGGGCGUGGAGCAGAAGAUCCUGGAGAGCAACCCACUGCUGGAGGCGUUCGGCAACGCCAAGACGCUGCGCAACAACAACAGCAGCCGCUUCGGCAAGUACUGCGAGAUAUUCUUCGACCCGGUCAGCGGCGCCGUCACAGGCGCCGCGGUGCGCACCUAUCUGCUGGAGCGGUCGCGGGUGGUGGCGGUCAACAACCCGGAGCGCUCCUUCCACAUAUUCUACCAGCUGGUGUACGGCGCCAGUGCGGCGGACCGCGCGGCCUGGCGCCUGCCGCCCGCCGCCUCGGGCUUUGCCUACCUGGCCCGCAGCAGCUGCGUGGAGCUGCCGGGGCAGAGCAAUGCCGAGGAGUACCAGCACACGCGGCGCGCCAUGUCGCACAUCGGCCUGAGCGAGGCCCAGCAGCGGGCCGUGCUGGGGCUGGUGGCGGCGGUGCUGCACCUGGGAAACAUCGCCUUCAGGGACGGCGAGCACGCCUCGGUGGGCGGCGGCGCGGAGGGCGCGGUGGUUCCGCCGGGCGCGCCGCGGCAGGCGCUGGAGGCGGCGGCGGAGCUGCUGGGCGUGGGGGCGGGCGCGCUGGCGGAGGCGCUCACCACACGCCAGAUCCAGACGCCCGAGGGCGCCAUCACCACGCCGCUGAGCGCGCAGGCCGCCGCCGACUCGCGCGACUCGCUGGCCAAGAGCCUCUACGCGCGGCUGUUCGACUGGCUGGUGGCGGCCGUGAACGCCGCGGUGGACGAGGCGCACAACGGGCCGGCGGCGGCAGGCGCGGCAGUGGCGGCCGCGGGCGGCAGUGGCGGCGGCAGUGGCGGGCGGAAGCACCUGUCCAUCGGGCUGCUGGACAUAUACGGCUUUGAGAGCUUCGAGGUGAACGACCUGGAGCAGCUGUGCAUCAACCUGACCAACGAGAAGCUGCAGCAGCACUUCAACACGCACGUAUUCAAGUGGGAGCAGGCCGAGUACGAGCGUGAGGGUGUGGACUGGUCCUACAUCUCCUUCCGCGACAACGCCGACGUGCUGGAGCUGCUGGAGGGGCGGCUGGGGCUGAUGACGCUGCUGGACGAGGCCUGCAGGCUGCCCAAGGCCACCGCAGAGGGCCUGGCGCACAAGUACGCCACCACACCCGCCGUCGCGGGCAGCUCGCGCUUCACGCCGCUCAAGCGCCCCGCUGCGUCCUUCGCGGUGGAGCACUACGCAGGCAGCGUCACCUACAGCGCCGCCAACUGGCUGGACAAGAACCGCGACUACGUGGUGGCCGAGCACGCAGCCCUGGGCGCAGCAGCCCGGCAGCCGCUGGUGCGGGAGCUCUGGGCGCCAGAGACAGAGCCGGCCGGCGCAGCCGGCGGCGGCGCCAGCGGCGGCGGCGCAGCCAGCGGCGCGGGGGCGGGGAAGCAGCAGAGCCAGUUCCAGUUCCGCAGCGUGUCGUCCGUGUGCCGGCGGCAGCUGGGCGAGCUGAUGGGCGCGCUGUCGGCUCUGCAGCCACACUACGUGCGCUGCAUCAAGCCCAACCCCACGGGCGCCGCCGGGCUGUUCGCGCCCGGCUACAGCCUGCAGCAGCUGCGCUGUGGCGGCGUGAUGGAGGCGGUGCGCAUCGCCUGCGCCGGCUUCGCCUACCGCCGCCCCUACGCCGCUUUCCUGGACCACUUCUGGCAGCUGUGCCCCGAGCCCGUGCACGCGCUGCGCCGCCGCCUGGCAGAGGCGCCGCCGCCGCGGCGGCAGCCGCCGGCCGCGGCCUUGUCACAGCAGGGCGAGCAGCAGGGCGGCGGCAGUAGCAGCGGCCUGGCGGCGUUGGAGGUGUCGGAGCUGCGCGCCGCGGCGGAGGCGGUGCUGAAGGCGGCGGGGCAGCUGGGCCCCAGCAGCGGCGGCAGCAGCAGCGGCGGCGCCUCAGCCGGUGCGCCGCCCGGGUCGCACCUGGGACACACCAAGGUCUUCCUGCGCACCACCGCCGCAGCGGCCAUGGAGCGGCAGCGCGUGGCGGCGGUCAGCGCCGCCGCCGCCGUCAUCCAGUCGCACUGGCGGCGGCUGCAGCAGCAGCGCCGCUACACAGCGCUGCGGCAGGCGGCGGUGGUGAUCCAGGCGGCGGCGCGGGGGAUGCUGGCGCGGCGGCUGGCGGAGCGGCUGCGGCGGGAGCGGGCGGCGGGCGUCAUCCAGCGGUGCUGGCGCAGCUGCGUGGAGCGCAUGCGCUUCCUGCGCGCGCGCAAGGCGGCGGCGGUGAUGCAGGCGGCGUGGCGCGGGCUGGUGGUGCGGCGGAACAUCGAGGCCAUCCGGGUUGAGGCGGCGGCGCUCAAGAUGCAGACGGCCUGGCGAGCGGCGGCCGUGCGGCGCGAGUACCUGGGCGUGCUGCGCUACUGGCGGGCGGCGGUCAAGGUGCAGGCGGCCUGGCGCGGCCACUCGGCGCGGCAGCUGUACCUGCAGAUCCUGCCGCUGCACCGCGCGGCGCUGGUGUGCCAGCGCGUGUGGCGCGCGCACCGCUACGGCUCCCUGGCGGCUGAGCGGCUGCGGCGGGCGGUGUUCCAGUACUGGCUGUGGAGCAAGGCGGCAGUCAUCAUACAGACGCUGUGGCGCGGCAAGGCGGCCCGCCAGCGCUGCACGCGGCUGCGGCUGCAGCAGCGCAAGGCGCGCAUCCUGGCGGCCUUCGGCGGCGCGGCCUCGGCGGCGGACCUGCAGCGGCUGCCGGUGCGGCCCUCACCCGACUCGGCACGGCGCGGGGAUGCCAACCGCUACACGCCGGCGUCGCGGCCGCGCGGCUGCUACGGCCCCGCCUGCGCCGCCAAGGCGACAGCCGCCUGCUCCGGUGGUGCCGUCGGCGCCGGCUCGCCAGGGGUCGACGUGGUGCGUGCUGAUGACGUGGCGCUGCUGCCGGACCGCGACAGCCGCAUGGCCAAACGCCUGGCAGACCUGCAGGAGUUCAAGGUGUCGCCGCUGGUGGAUUUCUGGAAGGCGCAGGAGGUCACGCAGUCGCGCACGGACGGCGGUGGCGGCAGCCAGCCCUGCAGCCGGCGCGGCAGUGGCGCGCACAUGCUGCCGCGCCCGCUGCCCUCCACCUUUGGCGGCGCGCUGCCCACCGGCCACGCCUCCCCCAGCGCCGCCGCCUCCUCCGCCUGCGCCGCCGAGCUGCCCUCGCUGCCGGGCUCGCCGCCCGACACGGACUUCCGCGAGGCCGCCGCCGCCAUCAUGCACGGCAGCGUCACGUGCCGCGGCGGCGGCAGUGGCGGCGGCGCCGCCGCAGGCACGGGGGGUGUCGGCGGCGGCGCGGACCUGGAUGCGUUGUCGGCGGGCGGUCUGAGCGCUGAGGCCAGCUACGGGCAGCUUCUGGAGAACGCAGGCAGCGGCUUUGGGGCGACGGUGGCGGCGGGGGCGGCGGCGGAGGUGCAGGCGUCGUAGAAGGGCGCUGUGUUCGUGCGUGGAAGGCACCUCGAUGGAGGGGCAUGUGUUGGCGCUGUGUGUCUGCCCCAGAUCCAAGCGUGGCUUGUGGGGCCCCCGGCGUGGUGGGAAGUGUGUAUAUAUGCGUGGGAGGUGGGCCGGGCAGGACUGCCGAAGACAUAUGUGAAGUGUAUAAGUGACGUUCGCGUGCAAGAUUUCUUCAUGGCGGAGAGCAUGACAGGCGACUAUGCACUGGCAAGAAUAAAAGGAGUAGACUGAGACGUGGACUGGGUCCCCGGGUUGAACUUGCUGGCGAGCAGGAAGUUGGAUUGCGGGCUGCAGUGAACCCAACAGAAACCUGUUAGUGCCGGAGCAGUAGUAAGCCGGGCCAGGGUUGGCGACGGAGGGCUUGGUCACGCGGGGCCCAGGCAGGGUUGUGUCGUGCUGGAUCGACGGCGGGCUGCGUGAGGCGCGUGUGGGUGCAGCUAGCACGGGUGCUCGCACGCUGUGUACAAGGCCCACAACGACACCGCAACAUGGACACAUGAUAUGAUAUGUACAACACGUGGUUGACUUCCGUCUCAGCGCUAGCAAAUUGGUGACAGAGAGAGCUUGAUUGAUGGUUUACGGGUCCGGCGUGCUGUGGGAAGGUUGCAUGCGUGGGAUGCGCUGGGCACUGCCGCUGGACAGACAGAGUCAUGUUGGGCCCUGAUAGCAUGUGAUGGCUCGGCGUCUGGGUGCUGGGACUGUCCCCUCUGUAACAUCCGCAUUCAUACACGACAUAGUGCCACAGUCGGCAGACAGGUGGGAAGGCUUGCAAUCAAAGACAGGGUGCUGACGUCGGAGAGUCUCUAAGUGGAUCCUCGCAGACCAGUUGUGUUGCCGUCUCUCAGAGCCAGAGA